AAAUGGAUAUUAUAAAAAUGAAAAAAUUAGAAAAAUUAAAAUCAGUUGUGCGUGACUUUUAAGCAUGGUGCUUGUGUAAAAAAAAGGCGCCAUGAUAGUUAAUAAUAUUUUGAUAAAUACAUUGGUCCUUUGUUUCAGCUGCGGCUGUAACAACAACCAAACGGGAAAAGUUAAUUAUGACGGGGCGUUAUGCCAUCAAAAUGCCGCAAAAAUGAUCAUAGAUCGAAAUAUUUCAUUUAGCGACAUAAUUGACGAUUAUACUUGCGAUGGAAAUGGAAAUCCUUUAAUCUACGAUUUAGAGCCGAUCAAGAACAUUAUAAGGCUUCAGCUAAAUGGAGGAUUACCAAACCACUGUGAUGGAAAUCAGAAGCCUCCAGGGCUGCCCUUUAACAUUAGUUCUCCAAAUCCACCAAUGCCAGAGCCACCGACAGAAAAACCGAGCACGAGUAAAGUGAUUAUAACAAUUCAUCUACCAAACGCCACAAAUGUAAAAAUAAUUGAAAACAAAGAAGACUUAAAGGAAUUAGCAAACAGGCAGUAUGAAAUUAAUCCUGCGACCAAGAUCCAUAUUACUCUUAACGGGCCUGAUAUGGUUAAUGAUCAAAAUUGGCAGCCCAAUAUUUCUAAAUUCAUUAACGGAAUUGGCACUGAAUUAAAUCCUACUGUCACCGUAAAUAUUGACUGGUCAAAAAUUGAUAUCAAUAGCGAUGACUUCCCACAAAAAAUAAAGAAACUUGUAAAACAGAUUGCUGUAAUGAUAAAAGAGAGCAAAUUUUCACCCGAUAAGUUUACAAUUAUCGCUCCUGGUCAAAGUGCAAAUCUGGCUGGAGAUAUCGGACAUGUAUAUAAAAGAAUGUAUCCAGGUGAAUCUCUUGGUAAGAUUAUUGCGGUUGAUCCCAUUGUACCCGAAAAAUGGAUGAACGUUCAUGUUUUGAAUAAAACCGACGCUGAUGCUGUGAUUGGUUUAGUUACGGUGAAACCUCCUGUAGAAGUAUCUCUCAAAUUUGUAGUCAAAGUUAAUGAUUUACCAGAAGUUCAACCUUGGUGCAAAGAGGGCGAUUGCUCAAAAGUAACAGGUGUGAAAAUUCUGCAAGAAAUCAUUAAACAAAAAUGGAAAUGGUUUACUCACAAAUAUCCCAAUGGUACAAUGGAAUCCACAGAUAUUCUUAAUAGCCCAUAUGUUUUCAAAUAUAAUCCUUGGAUUAAAGACUUGAAUAGUUAUUUACUUAUAGUGAAAGAAAAUGGAGCCACGUUUGAGACAGAAUUCACCCCUCAGGAUUACGGGUCUUGGAAUUCUUCUCAUGUACUUGAAAACGAUGUGGCUAUAAUUGAAUUUAAGGAUGAAGUAGAUAAACCAACGUAUCAUAUUUUUGUAUUUAGUGCGAAUCCAGACAAGGAUUUCAGUAUGACCCGAACUGGUAAUUACGCUAAAGAAUUCUAUAAAAUCAGUAAGAAUUCAUAUUACUGGCUGAUAGACUGGUCUAGAAAAUAUGAUAAAAUGCAACACGCCUCUGAUGAAGAAAAGGUUCGAAUGAUAGACGAAGUUGUAAAUACAACUUGGAAAUCAGUAGAUUAUUCAUUACAUUUAGACAAAACCGUUUUAAUAUCAAUUGGAGCUAGUAAUGAUGUAGUCAUGAAAUUGGCUAAAAACAUUAAAAAGAAAUACAGGACAGUUAAAGUUAUACUUGGAAUCAAUUCUAAUAAAUCAGGGAUGAAGGAUCUUGCAGAAACUGUAAUUAAUGUCCAUAGUUAUAUACCAACGCUUCGUCUGAGAAUGGAACAAAUAACUCAAGAAGGAAUUCAAAUGAUUGUAAACAAUCCCUAUAGAACCCAACCUGAUUGUCAAAGAUUUAAUUAUGAAUGUUCUGAAAUCUAUGGUGUUGCUGUAGUCUUUAAAAUAAUUCAAGCACAAUUAAAUAAUAAGCCACUAACCAAAAACUUAGCACCUCGAGAAUUUUUGUCCGGAACUGAACUGGAUGAGGUUUUAAUUGAACUUGAAAAACAAAAAGAACGUACCACUUUCAUUGUGAAUACUAUACCCUCAGUUUAUGUAAGGGGUGAGGCCGGCGUAGCUGGAGACUGGAAGGGUAGUCUUGAUGGUCUAGACAAUACCCGAAAAUGGAUAAAAGAUAAUCCCGGUGGAAAAAUUUUUGUUCUUAUAUACAAUAGAGCUUUCCUCAAAUGGGUUUAUGAAUUGGAAAAAACCCUACCCGAAAAUUCUUAUAUUAUUCGAUACGACAUAUCUGUCGCAUAUAUCGCUAAUCCAGAUGUAACUAAUAUUACUAAUGAAUCAAUUUUUUACCAAAUGGCUGAAGAUAUUUUGACCGACAUUAUUGAGCGAAAAAUUCCGUCUGAUCAACUUACGAUUCUCAGUUUGGUUGGUGAUGGCGCUUCUACAAUUAUUGCACCCUUAAUAUCCAGGACACUUAAACACGAAAUUAAUAUAUCAACAGCAAAACUUAUAUUACCAUUUAAUCCGAAACAUAUACCUUUCGAUCUUGAACCUGAAAAAACAGAUGCGAAUGAAGUUGUCGCCAUCUAUGUACCUGAUAUUUUGUCAUGUUGUAACAUGGAUGCUGGCACAAUUAAUAUUAAUGCAAGCACUAUUUUAACGGAAACAUGCAAAGAAUAUGGUAAGUAG